GGCCAGAAAUGCAGAGCGUAGGAAAAUGGGAGUAGUGUAGUACUGUGUUUCAUAGCAAGUUUCAGGCCCACGGCGUUUGCACAAUUUAACUGAGACAUCACCUCGAUUAUGCUUCCAGUUUUACCGUUUGCAGCCAAACUGAAGCAGCCGCCACAGCUGCUGGGAAUAUAGAGUAUUUGCAGUUGGGGGUUCACUGCGCUUGCACAUAUGCAAACGACUCACACAGCAGCAAGGGCCAUUAAAGAGCGACACAUGCACUUUGAAAACUGGAGAAAUGUACAUGGUACGAUAUUUAUAGCAAACACUGUGUUGCAAACUUUUCUCCCGGCCCAUUGUGAUGGUAUUCUUGCUGAGUUUCAGAAGCUGGAUCCUCUUGUUUUUCCGCCUGAACUCAUUGCACUGAAUCGAUAUCGCUCAUUUCAUACAUUUUCCGUUUAUGUCAGAAAUGAGUAGUUAUUGAUUUCUCACAUUCCUGGUGGAUUAUCAGGGAGUUCUAUUUGGUACAAAAUUCAGAGCGCAGUGUGGCUGCAACAAUUCGAUUAGAUGCACCUUUUUUUUGUUAUUGCAAACGCUGCUUAACUGGAGAAAGGCGAGCUGAGAGUUUGACAGAUUCACGCAGAUGAAAGGGGCAGAUGAGCAAGUCUGAAUCGACGUCAGUGCCCUGUUAUAACACACGCUGGUUGGGAGGUGGCGCCACAACUUGUGGUAACACACACUGAUCAAUGUCUCAUGUGCCGCGGUUAUUCCCAAACCCAUCUGCACCAUCACAAAGCGGACAGCCAAAUAGCAGCUCUCUUCCUUCUCACUCAGAAAGAGCUGACCUAUCUACACAGGCGACAAGUCCUAUAUUUGCAGAUGCUGGCUUCUCUGAUGGGUGUUUUUAUCGCGGUUUGCUUCGAAGUUGAAAGCAGGCGACCAGAAGCGACCCAUGCUGUCAAUUUCCUGGAUAAUGAGAAAUGGUUGACCACUGUCUCACAAUAUGACAAGGAGCUCAGAUACUGGAACAAAUUCCGAGAUGAAGUGGAGGACGAUUAUUUCAGAAGCUGGAAUCCCAGCAAGCCGUUUGAUCAAGCCCUGGAUCCAACAAAAGACCCAUGUCUGAAGAUGAAAUGCAGUCAACACAAAGUCUGCGUAACCCAUGACUACCAAACAGCGCUUUGUGUUAAUCGCAGACAGCUAAUGCACAGCCUCAGGCAGAAAAAGGACAGUCUUCUUCACAGACAGUGGAAUGGAGGAGCCAAUCUGGUCAAUUGUAAGCCCUGUGCUGUGACGCACCCCAGUUCUGUCUGUGGUUCCGAUGGCCACACUUAUUCUUCUAAGUGUAAACUUGAUUACCAAGCUUGUUCUUCACGUAAGAAGAUCACCUUGCGAUGCAAAGGACCUUGUCCUUGUCUUCCUGGCCAAGAAAGUGUGAAGCUGAAAAGUGAAAAGACAGAUGUAAUCAAGACCCGGACUGAAGGCAAGGAUGCAAAUCAUUCACCUUUAAGAGUGUGCAAUGAAAAAGAGCUGAGGAAUCUCGCUUCCAGACUGAAAGACUGGUUCGGGGCUUUACAUGCUGAUGCCAACCAAGACGUAAAAUUUAAAUCAAUCAAGCAAUCAGAGCAGACCCGAUUUGACACCAGCAUUCUGCCAAUCUGCAAGGAUUCUCUGGGUUGGAUAUUUAACAAGCUGGACAUGAACUAUGAUCUUUUACUGGAUCAAUCGGAGCUGGGAGCCAUUUACCUUGACAAGUAUGAGCAGUGUAUCAAGCCACUUUUCAACUCCUGUGACACAUUUAAAGAUGGAAAGCUUUCAAACAAUGAAUGGUGCUACUGUUUCCAGAGACAAGGUGGUCUUCCAUGCCAAGCUGAAAUUAAUAAGAUUCAAAGGCAGAGCAGAGGGAAACAUCUUUUAGGUACUUUUAUACCAAGGUGCAAUGAGGAUGGGUAUUACAAACCAAUCCAAUGUCACAGUAGCACUGGACAGUGCUGGUGUGCUGACAAGUAUGGAAAUGAACUUCCAGGUUCACGGAUGGAAGGGACUCCAACCUGUGAAGAAGAUCAAGAGACUUCUGGUGAUUUUGGCAGUGGUGGAUUCCAUGUUUUGUCUGAUGACCAGGAUAAUAAGAGGGAAACACAGAAUGAAGAAAAAGAGAAAGCAUCUCAGGGUGGAGCUAAUGAAGAUGAUGAAGAUAGUGAAGAUGACAAAGAUGAUGAUAUUGGCUAUAUCUGGUAGUUGCAUUAACUGCAUCACUAGCUGGAACUGUCAUAAUUUGCACACUGCUCAACUUCAUUCUUAUCAGUUUGUCUGUGGUACUGAGGAAAUGUUGCAUCUGAGAGAAAAAAAGUUUAAAAUCUUGUAGAUUAUAAAAUGUUGAUCUAAUUGGGACCAUUUUGUUCAUCUGUUGAGCAUGCUCAGUACCAAAAUACAUUUUGAAAUGUGUUUCUGCCCAGUUAGAAAAUGGAGGAAAAGUUGUUCAGAUUUCUAACAAGAUUCUUGGAUAUGAGCAGUACAAAUUAACUAGUCUCAUUCUGAAUUCAUGUAGUUUAAAUGACUCUUAACAUUCACUGUUUUUCCAAAAUGAGACAUAAGCUAUGGAGCCUUCUUACCAUCAAUUCUUAGACAGGAAAAGAAAUGAUUGCAACAGAAAUUACUUACCUUUAUAUCACUAUACUAAAAUACUUUAUGUCUUUUAGAUAUUACACAUAGUUUAGACACAUGUUCAUCAUCUUUAUGUACAUUUAUCUUAUAUUUGUGCAUGUCAUCAUUUUAAUAAUGAAUUUUGCUACAGUAGCUGGCAUGUUGGCAUGAAAGCAUCACAGGUAAUUCAAGGAAUUGUGACUUUUUCUCAAACUGCAUGAUAUUAAGCUCUGAAUAUUAAUAACGUGUCACAGUAUGCAGACUGGAUGACCACUUUGCAGAGUACUAACAUUCUGUCUGUAAAAAUAACCUUGAGGCUUUCUGUUGUCUGCCACUUCAACACACCACUCUGUUCCCUGGUCAAUAUCUCUGGCUCAGUGCAAAAUGGAAGAACAGCAUCUCCCCUUCAGCUUGAGGACACUGCAGCCUUCAGAACUCAACAUAGAGUUUAAUAAUAUUUGGGGCGAAGUACCUUCUCCCAUGUCAUUAUCCAACCCCUCCCCCACCCCCACCCCCAUCCACACACACACACAUCAGGCUUUGACAUCAAAUGGGCUGCUACCACAAACAACCCAUUGUCAGCUACUGAUUAGUAGCUAUUCACUCUCCCUGGCUGGCCUUUACUCAUUCCUUUGUUGGUCCAGCUGUUGUCCUUUCUCUCUCUUUGAGCUCCAUCCCAUCUAUGGUUUACUAGCACUGUCCCCCAACCUUCUUGUAGCUACACUGAGUUCUGAAGAAGGGUCACUGGACCUGAAAUGUUUUCUCUCCACAAAUCCUGCCAAUCUGCUGACUUUUUCCAGCAAUUUCUGUUUUUAUCUUUUAAAAAUAAUUUGGCCAGAAUUUUGUUGUUUAAUUCUGAGUUGAAGUGCGCACCCUCACAGUGGCAACCUCGUCCAAUCACAAAGUUUGAAGAUUGCAGCAUUAACUGGGUUGCAGGAAAGGACUUUGCCCUCCAUUUGCUCCUGAUGAUGUGUAUGAUUGUUUAAAAAGCUACAAUUUAUUUAGAGACACUCUGUCAUGUGGAAGCAAUUGAGAAAAUGUUGUCCAUUGAAUUUACUGAAGGAGAUGAUUGGCUGUGCCUUAGCAUUCAUUGCAAGUAUUACAGUUCUUUUUCACACCCUCCCUACAUGUUCUAUUAUUCUUCUAAUCAAGCAUUCUAUUUCAGAAUUUUUAUUUGAGCAACUACUCCCACCAUGUCCAUAGGUCGUGUUGGUGUUUUUCUCACUUUUUUUGUCUUACAAUGUGAUUUUUUUUCUUCCUGCCCUUCAUUGUCUACUGUCCCACAUAUCUGCCCUGAAAGUACUCACCCCUUUGAAUGAAGUAACAGCAGUCCUCUUCAGAGAAGAUUACCUGGUCCAAACAGUGGUUCUGGAAUCUGAAACCUUCACCUAGAUAUCAUUCUUCCAGCCACAUUCCACUACAUUGCUAUUAAAUGGGCACACAACCUCCAAGAAGCCAUGUGCCAACCUGGAGCAAGAUGAUCACUGCAAGAAUGGAGCUUGUUAGUUCAUCCCAUGGGAUGUCAGAUGUCCAUUCUUGUAACUGUUUGUGUUGCUUUGCUGUAUCCACCUAAUUGAGAAUGCAUUCCCCUGAAGUCCUGCAAUCCUUCAUUCAUUGCCUCUACAUUGAAUUCAAGGAGGCCUUGCCUGGAAUCCCUUAUGAAAUUGGUUUAUGUGUUCUGAUAUUCCUAUCAUUUUUAUCUUCUCCAGCCUGUCCUGCAGCUUGUUGGACCUUCCUGGAUAUUGGUGCAAGGAAGUGCACUUCAUUCCAUCUCAGCCAUUUGCAGCAGGUCUUAUGACAGGCCAUGGAGACCAUUCAUAUAUUUCUGAUAUGCUGGGCAAACCCUUCUCUUCACAGUCAGUCUCCUGAGGUUAUUAACUGUUUGCUGACUGACCUGGGUCUGACACAUCUUAUGCCCCUAGUUGCACUUUCACACCUACUUCCUCUGGUUACUUUAUGCUGUGAGUCAAAACAAAUUUCAAUUCUUCAUCUACAACAUCUCUACCCUUUUGAGUGGGAAUCCCUGGGGUGUUAUACAUCUGAAACAAUGCAUGACAUAGUUAUUGCUACUGUUACCAGCAAUGGAGUAAGUCUUGCUCUUCUGUGAUGUUCUGUUCUUGCUCUUCUGUUCAAAUAUGAAAAUCUCUCAGUGGCAGUCUCUAGAGGAAGAAUCUACUGUAACUACACAGUUAACUUUGGUCAAACUGAACAAUUUUCUAUCAUAAUCAAAUACCUUUUGCAUCUUUUAUAAAGAAAUUCAGAGCUGGCAAAAAGACUAAAGAAUACAUUGCAAUAUUAAAUAAGAUUCUCAUAAACCCACUGAAGACAGAUUGCCAUAUCUCUAUCUAUUUUCCAGGCUAAUGUGGAAGUGAACUAUGCACAUUUCUGCCUCUCCCUAGAUGGUCAAAUACCUGAUGAUGGGACAUCCUGUUCCUAUGGCCUACUAUUCCCUGGCAUUGUGUGCUGGCUUCUUUUGUAGGACAACUACAGUUGCUCCAGUCUCCAGACCUAAGCAAGAUCAUCAAAAUUCAUGGUCACCAUAAUAUGUCAGGGAGCAAAGGCUGGGGUUGUAAGAGGUAAUUGUACUAGCAUGUAUUAUAGAAUGUGAGACACUUACAUACGAGUUGGCAAGUGAUGCUUCAGGUGGGAUAAAGCCCACCAUGCUAUGUUGCAACAUAAAUGGCAGUGCAUGACUAUUGCUUUGGGAAAUGUCAAGUGCUUCUCUGAGAUUUGACUGUCUGCCCUGUACUACAUCUGAAGCACCCAUACCUUUGCUGAUCUAGUCUGUAAACUUUAUCCGAAAUGGUAUGUGCAUUCUUGAAGUUCUGGUUUUAGUCAGAAUCCAACUACAUUGCUUGUUCUGCUGUACGUGAUGUCCCUUCCCUAGUUUUCCAGCCAUCCAUUGUCAAACAUCCACCAGCAGCACUUCUAUAUCAGUCACCAAUGCUCGCCUGAUUUGUUCUUUUGCUCCAGUCUGCACAUUCUUCCAAGUCUAUCUGUUGAACUGCAGAUAAACAUUUAGAAAAGGAAGCUGCAUCCUGCCAGACCUCCUUCCGAAAUCAUCCUCAAUUCCUAAUACUUCAAACUGACUACUGGCUUUCCUCUGCCAGCUAUAUUGAAAUUAGCUGGACACCAGAUAUGAUCAGCAUCUUCUCGUUUGAGCAGGCAUACAUUCUUUGCUGUAGUUGUGUGCAAGCAGAUUAUGAAGAAUCAAUGGGUAAUUUGGACUUUCUUUAUGAUAAUGGCACUUUUCAAUGAGUGUUUUGAUUAAUAAUCUGUUAUAGGGCAAGAUAUAAUGAUAGGAAAUUUGAUAAGAAAUAAAAGCUAACUCUAAUAGGCUAAAGCCGGUAAUGUUAAACAAGAUUUGCUUUGAUAGAAUUGGUUGUUACCAAUGCUGUGUUCAGGAAAGGUGGCUGAUGAGAUGUUGUUGAGAGGCAAGAAGUCAUCAGACCCAUGUGUGGACUUCUUAAAUGAAUGGUAAAUAAAUAAUCUGAAAAUGAUGCAGUUAGGAUGAAUGAUAUGAUCAGUACAUGUACUUACAAACAAGCCUUUUUUUCAUGAAAAUGCUCAACUUCAACCCUGAUAUUUAUAGAUGUGCAUGAAAAUAUCUUAUAUGUUAAAUAGUUUCAGUGUAUGAAGGAUUGACCUUAGAAGUGAUCUUAAGGAAGCUCCACAGCGCUACUUUUCAAAUUCAUAGAGUCUGUGUCUAUACCACUGCAUCAAGGAGGAGGGGGUUUGACUUUGAAGCAGAAAUUGCAUAUUGCCUUCCCUUACUACAACUUGAUCAGAAUAUGUCUAAGUUACUUUGUAUACUGUAUUGCAGAAUGUAGUACAGAUUGUGGUAGGAAAGGCACUAAAAAUGUUCAUUAAACAAUUAAUUGAAAGGCAUGUUAUGUAAUGCUUCCUUAUGUGUAGUUAUGAAUUGUCCUGCUAAUUUGUGUUAACCAUUUGUUGCUUAUAGAAUUCUUACUCUGAGUCUAACUUAGUGUGAAACCAACCUGAAACAAAUUGUGCAUUUCUUCAUUCAAUCUAUAGGAAGCUAUUUGAAUUUUCAGGUUUGCAUAAUUGAUUGAUUUAUUACUUCAACUUAAGAGUAUAUGAUUUCAAAUGCUGGUUAUAAGGGAACUAAAGAAUUCUUCAUCAUGUGUUAGUGCACCAGUUUCAGAAACAUGUAAUGGUGAAAUGUAAUACAUACAUUGUCAGCCGAAUACUGAAAUCUAGAUAGUUUGCGCAUCUUUAAAUAGAGGAAGUUGUUACAAGCUAACUGACUAUUUUCUUGUAGUUUAUUUUAUUCUGACGUUACUUUUCUGAUCAUUUACAUUUUGAAGCUAACUGUAAGUCUUCAUUUUAAAGUUUGGCUAUUUCUCUGUAAUGUUGUCAAGUAUUUAUUCUGGUUAUAAAGCUUAAGUCUCUGGAACUGGUUGGUUGUUAGUCGUAUAGUGUAGAUUGUAUCUUGUAGGUAUAUCAAUUUACUAGAGGGAACUUCCACUAGUAUUUUUAAUCCAGUCUGUCUAGGCUGUGUUCGACAAGAAACAUAUCAUAUCUUAGUUGUUCUCACCUAUUUCAUCCCAUUAAGUUUGAUGAUUUGUCGUUAAAAUUUGACCAUUUUGUGUUGAUGUUACAAUUACAUUUGCCUUGAAUUUCUGUGCGAACCAGUUUCUUCAGAACAACGUGCAGUGAAAGAGUUUUGUGACCACUGAACCUUUGAUUUAUCACUUGAGUAGUAAUGCUAGGACAGCCUGGUGAAAGGCUACACCCAGUGACUCAUUCUUGGAUUGGGUUAGCUGACACGCUCUGUGCAGUGCCUUGUAGUAAAAGAGCAUUCCACAUGGAAAGAGAGAGAAAGAAAGGCCUAAUGGAUGCCACAGUGUUCUGUAAACAAACUCUGCCUGACCAACAUGUAGCAUCACUGGUAGUUGUUAUGACAAUGACUGUGAGCUAGCCUAUGCCACAAACCUUGCUGAAGAACAUGGCUUAUGGUCAAUAUACAUAGACAAAAUGUCAAUCUGCAGCAGCAAAAUGACUAGCCAUAGUUACUUUCUUCAGUAUUUUAUAUUUGUAAAAACAAUAUUGUAUGACUGUAAUCUAUAUAUUCUUUGAUCUCAUCUGUCAGCAUUGCAUUUGUAUUUAUAAUUCUCUUUUAGUGCCAGUACCAGAAUUCUGUUUUUUCUCAAGUUAUUUGUCUUACAUGUCCUAGAAGUUAGACUAUCCUGAUUAAUAUUUCAAUUAUUCUGUGUUCUAUACAAAGCAAAGUGUGUGCCUUGACUGGCUUUCUGUGUAACUGGUCAGUUAAAAAGUCUUCUAUUGUUUUGUUGUUUGUCCCAAUAAAUCACAUACU